AUGAUUCAAGCAGCCGAUGUCGGAAUCGGUAUCGUGGGCAAGGAAGGCCGCCAAGCAUCCUUGGCCGCUGAUUUCAGCAUCACUCAGUUCCACCAUCUAACCAAGCUUCUAGUCUGGCACGGCCGCAACUCGUACAAGCGGUCUGCUAAGCUAGCACAGUUCAUCAUGCACCGUGGGUUGAUUAUCAGUGUUUGCCAGACUAUGUACAGCAUCGCCAGCCACUUCGAUCCCAAGGGCUUGUUCAUCAACUGGCUCAUGGUCGGCUACGCGACUGUCUAUACAAACGCACCAGUCUUUUCCCUCGCCUUUGAUCGGGAUGUCGACGAGCGUCUCGCAAAUCUAUACCCAGAGCUUUACAAAGAGCUCAAGACAGGGAAGAGUCUAAGCUACCGUUCGUUCUUUGGCUGGGUUCUCGUCUCUGUCUACCAGGGUGCAGUGAUCCAGGGUCUCUCUCAAAUAUUGUUGGAUACUAUCACAGGGCCGCGCCUAAUUAGUCUUUCCUUCACGGCCCUCGUCCUCAACGAGCUUGGCAUGGUCGCCACUGCAAUCACAACUUGGCACCCGGUCAUGAUCUUCUGUCUGAUUGGUACGCUGCUUGUAUACGCAGGCAGUGUCCCCUUCCUGGGCGAGUACUUCGACCUUGGCUACGUGAUUACCCUUGACUGGCUGUGGCGUGUUUUCGCUGUGCUAGCUGUGUCUCUGGUUCCGGUCUGGGCUGGCAAAAUGAUCAGACAGUCGUGGCACCCGCCAAGUUACCGAAAGGUCCGUGGAUAG